UUGCACUAGGCUUCGUCCAUACCAACACCUACACACAAAUCAUGAAGCGAUCAGGGUCAGGGCGCAUUGCACGCAAGAUUGGGUCGUAUGACGAUGACUCCCCAGACAGCGCAAGCAGCUCGGCGAGCGAGGCCCGGAAUCAGCCACCACAAACUGUAGUCAAGCGGCCAAUAUUCGGAAAGAGUAAGAAGCGCUCAUCACUGCGCAUCUCUUUCGGCCCCGGCGAGUCCGACGCAAAUGACGGCGACGAGUCUAGCGAUGCCGCGGUAGCCACCCCGAAGAAAUCAAACCUCAGCCGCAUAGCUAUCGAGAAGAAUGCCCAGCUCAGAGCCCGGUCACCGCUCGUGCCAGAGGCAUCCCGCCCAAGCCUCGACGAGGAUCGGCCAUCAUACAGCAAAGAUUACCUCGCGGAACUGCGUAAUUCGACCCCUACGACGCCAAAGGAUCUAAAGCCGACGGAAGAGGAAGAAGAAGAAACACGAGCCCUGGACAUUGCUUCAAAAUUCGGCCCCACGGCCACCAUCUCUAUUGAACCAGAGACGUCGGCGAUUCCCACAGAAGCCGAAAUACUAGAAAAGAAAGCCAGACGCAGACGGCUGGCCAAGGAGCAAAGGGCUUAUGAUGAGGACGAUGACAAGCCGUGGGCAUCGGAUGACGACGGUGACGCCGAGUUCCGUACCCACAAGAAUGAGAUAUCUCUCCGACCAAAGGAAAAGUACGCCGAGACGCGCCUUGUUCAUGAGGAUGAGGACAUGGCGGAAGGCUUCGACGAGUACGUCGAAGACGGAAAGAUCUCCCUAGAUCGGAAGUCUGAGCGAGAGGCUGAGCAGAAACGGCGUGUUGAGAUAGCAGAACUCAUCAAGGAUGCUGAGGGUGGCUCAGACGACGAUGGAUCAGACGACUCGGAGGAAGAGAGGAACGCCGCAUUUGCCGCGGCUCAAGCGCGUGCAGGUAGAUACGGCCAGAAAGAUCAGGAUAAAGAGGAUGGCGCGCGAACACCGCCGCGGAUAACGCCCUUGCCCGACUUAGGGGAAGUUCUACACAGUCUGCAAUCUGAUAUCUGGGCCAAGCAGCAAAGAAGGGAGGUGAUCUUGAAGAAGUUGGAAGAGCUGAGAGAAAACAAAGUUAAGAUUGAGGAGAGGAGGCAGUAUUUGCAGGAGCAGUUGCAGAAAACAGGCGAGGAGUAUGAGAGACUGCGGCAGGAAGCUGGCAUGCCAGCAUUGCCUGCGAACGGCGCGGCAGGGAGCAAGCUCAUUACGGAGAGGGGCUUAGAUAGUCUCGGCACUACUCCACUAGCUACUUCUGGGUCGAGUGGGGAGUCGGAGGAUGAGUAG